AUGGAAUAUCUCAACUAUCUUAGAUGUUUAAAGCUCCUACAAGUAUUGUUCAUAAUAUCAAGCUUUAAGUUUUCAGCAUGUGAAAUCAAGAAUACACAUAUUGUUGAUGAUUCUAGGCAAAUAAUAUUGAUAGAGAGAUUUGGUUUUGCCCCUGAUGGGCAUGUAACCAUUUCUCUAGACCAUGUUUCUUGGAGAUCAGAUGAACCAGCUGCAAAGCUUUAUCCUUCUUCCAUGGGAUUUUGCCUUGUUAGAGAUGUAUCGUUCCCACGACUCUUGAACGAGUCCAUGUACACAGAGAACUUUUGUGUUUUAUCUAGUAAGUAUGUAAAUCUUGUCUUCAGAUUUGACAAGCUUGGCCCUGAUUCAUCCUUCAGCACAUCAACCACGAUCGACGAGCCUGAUGAGUAUAAUUUGAUAUUUGGUAAUUGCCAAAAGGAAUUUCUUGUGACAAUGAAUGUACAUACUGAAAUGUACAAUGUGAAUAAUAAUGGGGAGAAAGAUUUUCUUCCAGCUGGUCAGACUCCAUUGCCUAAAUUCUAUUUCAUUUUGUUCAUUGUAUAUUUUGCGUUUUUGGGCAUAUGGGGAUUCAUUUGCUUUAAACAGAGGAAAAUUGUUCACAAGAUCCAUUUGAUCAUGGCUAUGUUGCUAGUUUUCAAGGCUUUGAAGAUGAUAUGUGCUUCAGAAGACAAAAUGUACAUUAGAAAUACAGGGAAGCCCCACGGUUGGGAUGUGGCAUUUUAUAUUUUUGGAUUCUUGAAAGGUGUAACGCUCUUCACUGUCAUUGUCCUUAUUGGAACUGGUUGGUCUUUCUUGAAACCUUUCCUCCACGACCGCGAAAAAAAGGUUUUGAUGUUCGUAAUCCCCUUACAAGUGUUCGAAAAUAUAGCUUCGAUUGUGAUAACUGAAGGCGGGCCUGUUGAGAAGCAUUGGUUAGUAUGGAAUGAGAUGUUCUUGUUGAUAGAUGUUAUGUGUUGUUGCAUUGUACUUGUCCCAAUUUUAUGGUCCAUUAAAAGCCUUAGACAGGCAUCCAAGAAUGAUGGAAAAGCAGCUGAAAAUCUCAAGAAGUUAACACUUUUUAGGCACUUUUAUGUUGUCUUGAUUAUGUACUUGUAUUUCACUAGGUUUGGGAUUGCUAUGAUUGAAAGUGUAGUGACUUACAUGAAUGAAUGGGUUAAUGUUGUUGCUGCUGAAGGUGCAAGCUUCAUGUUCUAUAUGUUCAUAUUCUACAAUUUUCAGCCAAUUGAGAAAAAUCCAUAUUUGGCUAUUCACAAAGAUGAUGAUGAUGAAGAAGAAGAAGAGGACGAUGAAGAUGAGGAGGAGGAGGAUGCUUAAGAAGAACCUAGGUGGACCUGCUCACAAGUAAAAUUGUACAAUGAACAUUUAUGUCAUGUUUACUUCUAAUUUUCUGGACACUUAUUGUUUGUAGAAUCUGCAAUUUUGGUAAUACAUUAAGUUCUUAUAGAAAAAAUUUCCAUGUUGUGAUGCAUUUUUUUCGAAAGAUGACGUACUACUACAUGUGCAAAGUAAAAGAAUAAAAAGUUAG